AUGAAAAUAUUCAAUGGAAGAGGAUCCAUGACUUGUUCAUUUACCAAUUUGAAUGGACUGCUGGAAGACGACAAUAAGAAUACAGGAAAAAGAGAAAACAAGGCAUUGUAUUUGAAUGGUUCCAGUUAUGGGACUCGAGGAAACUUAUCAUCAUUGGGAAUUGAAAAGAGUUUUACUGUAGAGGGUUGGAUUAAUUUACCAAUAGGAUAUUCUUCUGCUAAACUUCCAUUUGUAUGUUCCAAUUCAAGUGAUUUUUGUGUGUAUAUAGAGAAUUGGAAUUUGCAUACACAAAUAGGAAGCAGAAUUGUCAGUGGAUCAACUGUGUUACCAGCAAAUGAUUGGACACACAUAGCAAGUGUGUAUAAUGCACAAGAAAAGUCAGUAACAUUGUAUGUCAAUGGUGUAAAUGGAUUAGAUGUUCAGAUCACAGAUGCUACAGAAAUUGUUUGGGAUGGUAACAUGGCAUUGUAUCUAGGAUCAGAUCUUGUACACUACAUGCAGAAUGUGAAGGUUGAUGAUGUAAGAAUCUACAACAUCCAAAUUCCAGGCUCAGAUUUAGAUUUGUAUUGGCAGACUGUUGGUAUGGAGAGGGAACAGUCGAAGCAAAUUAUGGCAGCACAUUAUAACAUGAACAAUCAAACUGAGCCAUCAAUCAUUAUGGACUUAGGACAAAGAAAUAUAGAUAUGAUCAUGACUGGUAGUCCAUUUUUUGUAGAGAGUACAACAGAUUAUUCCAGAAAUCCAGAUAUAAUCUUCACUACAACUAAGAAACAGUUGACAAUUUUAAAGAAUACACACGUACUAUAUAUAAAUACAACUAUAUCCAUGAUUUACAAUAAACAACAGUCUUUCUGCAUCAUGUUUUUGAAACUUUCGUCUUUAUAUUUGUUCUGCCGUAGAUUCUGUAGCUUUUCAGUAAAGGGUAGAUCUCAGGGUAAACAUUUUGGUGUGAAUUCUGCCAAUAGCAUCUGACCACUUGUUAGUAAGCAGUUGACACUGCUGAUAUAAUCAAGUACUUAUAGCAUGGUGACCAGACCCAAUAUUGUUUAGAUUUAAUCAACAAACAUACUAUAUGGCUACUUUAUAUAUAUCAUUGGAUUCAGAAAAAUGAGUACUAUUGAAAUAUCGAUGUCGUCAAAAAGAAAUGUGUUAACAGUUUUGCAUAAAAUGAGGUCAAAGAUCAAAUUUUGUUUUUAUUUUUUUCUUCCAUUCUUUCAAGAAAUUGGAAGAAAUUCCUAACAAUUUAGGUUAAAUUCUAGAUACAUACAUUU